AUGCCACGUACAGCACUCUUCGUCAUCGACAUCCAAGUCUCACUGGCGCAAAACGCCACGACCGAAAUCCCCCAUGCGGCGCGAAUCCUCGAAGCUGGAACUAGCAUCCUGCAACGAGCACGUCAAUCCAUUGACGCGGCCAGCUUACAUGGCAUCGCCCCAGAUGUGGAGAUUGUGUUUGUGCAGCAUGAGGAGAGUGCAGACAAAGGAGCUUUAGUCAAAGGGAGUAGACCCUGGGAGCUCGUAUUCAAGCCACGAGAUGAUAAUAAAUGGGAAAGAUUGGUGUCAAAGGAUGUUCGCGAUGCCUUCUCAUCCAACCCACGCCUCGCAGCCCAGCUUCGAAACUCCGGCAUAGACACGAUCGUGGCGUUUGGCAUACAGAGUGAAUGCUGCGUGCUUUCAACUUGCAGCGGAGCACUAGCUGCUGGAUUCAACGUCGUCUUAUUGAAAGGUGCGCAUUCUACUUACGACGACGUCGAUGGCAAGCUAGCGGGGGCUAUCGAAGAAGAGGUAGAGUCUGAGCUCGCGAGGGCAGGUGCUGAGGUAGUGCCCUGGGAGUCAUGGAUGUGA